AUGAGGAUAGGCUGUCUUCAGUUCGCACCUCAGGUGGCCGAUGUCGACAAUAACCUCAACCGCGCCGACUCGGUUUUGAGCAAGGCGAAUACCGACGACCUGGACCUUCUUGUGUUGCCUGAGCUGGCUUUCUCGGGCUACAACUUCAAGUCGUUGCAACAGAUAUCGCCCUUUCUCGAACCGUCGGGCUCCGGCAUCACUUCUCUUUGGGCUCGAACAACUGCUCUCAAGUACAACUGCAAUGUAGUUGUCGGCUACCCAGAAAAGGCGGACGUUUCCAGCCAGUGGCCGACUGGCCCGGAAUACUACAACUCUGCUAUUGUUGUCAACGGAGAUGGAGAAACAAUCGCAAAUUACCGGAAAAGCUUCCUUUACUACACAGACGAGACGUGGGCGCUUGAAGGAGACAAGGGGUUCUUCGAGGGCUGGAUUCCUGGUCUUGGCAACACAUCCAUUGGCAUUUGCAUGGAUUUGAACCCCUACAAAUUUCAGGCACCAUGGCACUCGUUCGAGUUUGCGUUCCAUGUUCUUGAAUACGAAUCCAACUUGGUCAUUGUAUCCAUGGCAUGGAUGACCCGUGAGGAUGGUCGUAUGUUCAGUCGAAUGCCGAAUGAGCCUGAUAUGGAUACUUUGACCUACUGGGUCACUCGCUUGGAACCGCUGAUUCGGUCAGAAAAUGAGGAUGAGAUCAUCGUCGUCUUUUGCAAUCGAACUGGUACGGAAGAUGAAGUGGUAUACGCUGGCACGAGCGCCGUCGUAGGAAUUCAGGACGGCGAGGUCAAGAUUUAUGGCGUGCUCGGCCGAGGUGAAAAGGAACUUCUCGUCGUCGACACCAACAAUCCUCCUUCACUCCGAGCUGCAGCAGACUGGCUCCUCUCCGUCUUCUACGAACGCAUCAGGACCCGGCCCUUCGUCCUUGAGCGGGCGAUCUCUGCAGGGCUUCUCGUCGCAUACGCCAACCCAGCCAACGUCCCCUCCGGACAAUACAUCCUCAGCUUCGGUCUCUUCCCAGAGGUCUUCAAGGCAAGCAAAGGCUCCGCCAAACAUCCAGAUACCGCCUCUGGACUCUUCGCCUGGCUACCUUUCCCGGGACAUUCCUGCAAACUCUCCGAGCGCAGACAGCAUCAAUCUUCCGACCCCCACAGCCCCGAGUCCUACCCCGUUGGCGAUUCGACCCAAACUCAUCAUCCCGCAAUCGCCACCUCUCGCGCCGUGGCAGACUGCAAGCCCCAUCCCACAAAGCACACCGUCACUUCAAAUCCUCGCCCGCCCGAGGAUAGCACGCCGUACCCUCACAGCGGCGCCCCGUUGAGCGGAUAUCCCACCAAGAACACAGACAGGAGAAUCUAUGGUGGGAGUGUAUCGAUCAGUCAAAUGCCAUUCACCCCAAUCACUCCAUUUGACGACGGAUCGCCGGUGGAAGCACGCUAUUUCUGGCGGCCAUCAGACAGUCUGUUGAAGUCACCCAUGGACUCGCGUGCACUAGUCGCUCAACCCCUCAGCGCUCAACCAAAGAGUGCCGUGGCCGAGCCCGAUGACACGAGAACAAUGAGCUUCCACUUCCCGCUAUUCCACGAACCGGGACCCCGGGCGCAAUCGUCGAACUCCGUCCGCACAGUUGCAACGGCAGUUACUGCGAGAAAGGACAACGAUAAGCGUCCGAAAGACAGGAGGCCCACCCCAGUACAAGGCAUGAAGGCGCGGGCAUCCAGCAAGUCAAGGGCUGGUGAUAUCAUUCCGACAAGAGGCGCAACGCCUGCUCAAGAUCCCCUUCCAGAUCGCCCGUCAUCACCCAAGUCUCGGAACGCCAGCCGAUCUCGUACCCAUGAACGUUCAGACUCUGCUCUAGGGAAUCGGGAGCAUGCUAAAGCUGUAUCGCAACACCUGGAAUCAAUCUCGCAUCGAGCGGAGUCUGUGAACAGAAACCGCGGAGUGCCCGAAGUGGUUGGUACUCCGCAACCUGACAGACCCUCGUCGCCAAAAUCCCGCAACUGCAGUCGAAGUCGACCUAGCGAGCAUCUGUCUUCCAUCUUGAUUGCUGCCAGCCCCAGCAUUCUCAGCGAUGAACAUCCACAGCAAGCUCGCCCGGCCGGUGCAGAUGCUCAAAUGUCUCCGCCUCAGCGAUCCAUGUCACGAAUGAGUUUCCGUGCUAGGGCUGGAUCGGCGGCGGAUGUUCGCCCUGGUUCCAGAAGCUCUAUGACGGGCGAGCAUUUCACGACUCGGCCCGUGUCUCGUACUGCCAGUCGAGGCCGACAACCCGGGCCGCUCUUCUCACCGCCGAAGAUGUCGCCGCACGACCCAUCUCUUCCAGCAGAGCAGUCGGCCGACGAGAUUGUACGUAUUCAGCGCGACAGGAAGAGUUCGAUCGGUUCAAAACCUCCCGUCGAGCCCCCUGCUCCACAACCUGAUUUUGCACGAGUCGAGUCCGUUGUGUGCCCUACAUGUCCUGUUCAUGGACGGCAUUCCACGAGUUCUGCUCCGGCACCUCAUGGAGCCACUUUGGGGCACCGAACACCGUCCCCUGACUUGCACGGCAGAUCAUUGUCGUCCCCAGCGGCAGUGAACUCUUCCAAUAGCAUCGAUGCUAUCUCGAGCAGUCAAAUUGGAGACGAUCCCAAGUUCUCAACCACUGAGAUAGGCAAGCCGAGCGAUGUCCUCUCUCUCACUGAGACGAUUGAGACUAUCUCAACGAAUAGCCGGUCACCGUCUACCCCCUUUUUCGAACCCAAGACGCCAAAGGCAAUGGUCAUUAUCCGCGAUUCGGACGACAGCAAUGGGGGCCCUCUUAUCCCAGAUCUGUCUCCUGUUCUCUCUGAUUUGACUUGUGUGGAUAGAAUCGUUGGUCCGACUCCAGAUGGGUCUCGGGCCAUCGCGACUUAG